GGCUCUUAGUGCAUCCAGGAUCCUGGCCACUCUCGCCCCAAGCCCUGACUUGGCUGAGCUGUCACUGCUGCAUGUCCCAGGCUGCCGGCCUGCCUGUCCUCUGCAGUGCACAGUGGCUGCCCCUUGGUGAUGAUGGCUGCGUGAGUGCCCGCCAUGGCCCACCGGAAGUGUGAGAGCGCAGGGAGCAGCAUGUUGGACCACAGGGUGAGGCCAGGCCCUGUCUCCUAUGGCCAGGAGCGAGGAUGUGGUGCUGUCCUAGGAGGGCUGUGUGCCCGAGGCCUGGGAGCUGGCUGCCCUGUGGCCAGAGAACCCCAUGCCCGAGGAGCAGGAGUGCCACUACCACAGCCCCAGUGGGACUCCAGCUCCAACUAGUGAAUAACAUCUCUGAGGAGGAGGACUACCCGAGGAAGAGGACAUCACCUACUAUAUCCACUACUUCCCCGAGGAUGACAGCUACCUGGAGGGCAUGGACUACAACUGGGAGGAGUACCUGUCCCACGGUGUGUACCCUGUGGACACCAAUGAGUACCAGGAGGCUGUGGAGGAAUGGGCGGAGGGUGGACUCAGUGGGCCUGCACCCUUACAGCCACAGGGCUGAGGGAAGCCAGGAUUACCCAGACAAACACCUGCCCAUCCUGGAGGAUGAGCCCUCUGUCUUGGAGGCCCAUGACCAGGAAGAAGAUGGCUACUACUGUCACAGCAAAAAGGGCUACCAGGACUGCUACCCCAUGGAGGCCAAUGGGAACACAAGUGCCUCUCCCUACCACCUGAGGUAUGGGGAGGGGGACCUGGAGGACCAGGAGAAGGACAUCAACCCAAUCAGGAGCCUGAGAAUGACCAACAUCACUAGCGUUAGUGAGGCCAGCAUGGGCCUGAGCCGGGACCUGGGGACUCUGCCCAGCAAAAGCAGCUGCAGCCCCAGCAGGCACAAAAUGAGACCCAAGUCACUGAACCUCCCUCCUGAGGCCAAGCACCAUGGAGACCCACAGAGAGGCUUCAAGCCCAAGAUCAGGACCCUAGAGGAGAGGCCGAAGUGACCCCACAAGCAGGUAGGACUCUGGCUGUCUCAGGAAAGGGAGCAGAGGGGCCCAAGAGCAAGAAAUGUCCCAGUACAGCCCCAUAGAUGCUGAACUGAGGCAGUAGGAGGGGUUGCGUGCCUUGCAGUUCUUUUUUGUUGUUUUUGUUUUUUGUUUGUUUCUGCCUUGCAGUUCUAAUGAUGGCUGAGCUCUUCAUUGGUCCAGUUGCCAGGCAUGAUGUGUGGAUCUCUGGCCACUCUUAGGUUCACCCCUCAGACUCAGGAGUAAAGUCUUGUUGAGGGCUGAUUGGUGACUAGAUUUUGGCAGAAGAUGCCCCUCCUCCCACCUAGAAGUGGAUCAAUAUCUCCCUCACUGCCCUGUGUCUGCUCAUGGUUGGGCAGUGUCUGUGGGAGAGCCCCUCAAUCCUCAGGGGUGUACUUGUUCCAGUGGGGCAGUGGCAAAGAUGUGGCCAGUGGUGGGUGGCCUGGUGGCUGGGGUGGGGCCUGGAGUGUAUCUCACAGUGGACAUGUCUCUGAAAGCCUGGGGGCCUUUGCCUGAUGGGCAGUUAGCUGUGAAUAACUAUUUUGAAAAGGAUCCCGUAGAUCUUACUUUGCAGGAUUGUUACAUAGGUAUACACAUGCCAUGGUGGUUUGCUGCCUCCAUCCCCCUGUCACCAACAUUAGGUAUUUCUCCUAAUGAGAAUGAUGGUUUCCAGCUUCAUCCACGUCCUUGCAAAGAACAUGAACUCAUUCUCUUUUAUGGCUGCGUAGUAUUCCAUGGUGUAUAUGUGCCACAUUUUCUUUAUCCACUCUAUCUUUGAUGGGCAUUUGGGUUGGUUCCAAGUCUCUGCUACUGUAAACAGGGCCACAAUAAACAUAUAUGUGCAUGAGUCUUUAUAAUAGGCCAAUUUAUAAUCCUUUGGGUAUAUACCCAGUAUUGGGAUUGCUGGGUCAAAUAUACAAGAAAAAACCAAUCCCAUCAUAAAAGUGGAUGGAAGAUAUGAACAGACACUUUUCAAAAGAAGACAUUUAUGAGGCCAGCAAACAUAUGAAAAAAUGCUCCUCAGCACUGGUCAUUAGAGAAAUGCAAAUUAAAACCACACUGAGUUACCAUGUCAUACCAGUUAGAAUGGCAAUCAUUAAAAAAAUCUAGAGACAACGGAUGCUGGAGAGGAUGCGGAGAAAUAGCAACACUUUCACACUGUUGGGAGUGUAAAUUAGUUCAACCAUUGUGGAAGACAGUGUGGUGAUUCCUCAAGGAUCUAGAAAUUGAAAUAUAUAUAUAAUUCUUCAAUAUACAUAGUCAAAAUCUUAGAAUGUAGAAUAUAAUUCUUUAAUAUACAUAAUCUAUAUAUUAGAAUAUA